GUUCCCAUCCAGUGCAUCCCCCAGACGCCAGCAUGAUGGAGGAGCUGGAGGACCUGACGGACAAGAUGCCCACGGAGAGGAAAUCUGUGUGGAGGACGCCCGAGGAGCGGCGCAUGUCCGACCUGACGCGGGUGCUGGAGUGGCUGGAGCGGAGGCAGGGGAAGAAGAGGCUGCAGAAGAGCGAAGCCAAGGGGAAGAUCCCCACCCAAGGAAGUGAGAAGGUGGUCCCCAAACUGAAAGUCCCUGCAAAACCACAGGCAACAGGCCACCGGGUGAUGUUCUCCCUGCAGAGUACGAAGCACAUUCCGGUGCCCGGGGAGUCAACUGCCCACUCUCCAUCCAGUAUCCGCACUACCCACUGGUCUGGGAAGGCCAGCUCUAAAGGGAAGGCCUUCCUUGAUGCCACAUCCUCCCACCCCAAGGCAGUCCACUCAACUACACCUGGAAAACAAUCACUACUUUCCCGGAGCAAGCCCCCAGGCAAAGGCCCAAAGAAGGAAGAGGAGUAUCUUGGCCUUCCCUUCAAGUCCUACAUCCCGGAAGGGAAGAAGAGACGCGCGAGCUCAAAUGUCGGCAGCAACGUCAAGGAACCUCCCCGGAAAUCAGACCUGGACAUCAAGGACGUGAUCGCGCUGGAGAACAACCAGCGGCCCUUCCGCCAGCAGAGCAUAGUGGAGCCCAUGCUGCAGGACAUUUUCUUUUCCCAGCGGAGAUCCACCCUCAUCAGGGAGUGGGCGGGCAAGACCUCAGAGGCGCUGUACGAACGCAGACUGAAGACCCUCAUCGAGAAGACCCCGGAGCCCAAGGCAGAAGUGUCGAGAAUGCUGAGGCCGGAGGAGGUGCUGAGCUGCCGGUACCUGCGACUGUCCAAGGACAACGUGCGCACCCUGCUGAAGCUCUGCAAGGAGGCGGGCAUGAACGUGGACAUCCACCCCCACAUGGUGGAGGGGGAGAUUGACGGGCGCAAGGUGUUCGGCCACAACCAAAGCGUCACACUCUGAGACCCCUGGCCCUCCUCGCUCGCCGGGCCCCCUGGCAGAUGGUGGCGGUCUGGAAAGAACCCUCACUGGCAUGGA